AUGUCAUCAUCUAGUACACUUAUAAUAAGUACAGAGGAGACGCUUGUCGGUGAUGAAACUUUUAUUAUGCCUUUACGUGUGCCUACUAAAGAAGAAUGGGUACCUGAUGCUAAAAUUCAUCGUUGUCAAGUUUGUAAAGAAGAACGUUUCAAUAUGUUUUCACGUCGUCACCAUUGUCGCCGUUGUGGCCGUGUUGUGUGCUCUAAUUGUUCCCAGCAUGCACUUCUAGUAGAAGGUUAUGAAAAUGUAAAGGUUAGAGUUUGUGAUGACUGUUACAAUAUAAUGACUGGAAGUCUUUCUUAUAAUACUGCAUCAUUUGAGAAACGAUAUCGUGUUUUAUCAUCAAUGCAGUCUUCAAGUCCCCGAAAUUCACCUUAUCAGGUGGACAGUUCUGGAGGGAGAAGACGAGCAAGCAGUGUUCAUAGUAAUCAGCAGACAUUUCGAUGGAUGCUCUCGUCAGACAGUGAGCAAAAUACAUCUGUUAGAAAUGAGUUUUCGUAUGAACAGGCACCUAGUAUUCAGCUGUGCUAUUCACUUUUGAAAUUGCAUACUGAUAAUAAAAAGUGUGCCCAAUUCAUGUUAAAUCUAUGUGAUAGAUUAUUAGGAAAAAUAAAACCAAGACGUUCAGGAAAAAUUUCUGUGGAGAUCGAUUACAGCCUUUUUAUUAGUAUGAUAAAAUCAUUGUUGAUGAAUGCAAAAGUGAAAUGUCAUCAGGUGCAAGAUAGUGAAGGUGAAGCUCUUGCAGAUCUGUAUUUUCGACAUUUAGAUAUUAUGAAAUUGUUAGUGAAUGCAAAUUGCAAACAUCUAUUGCCUCGAGAAGCUUUAAUUAAUACUGAUAUAGUGAGAAAAUUGCGGGAUAAGCUGCUAGAAGAAGAAAGAAUGAAUUUAGCUUUGGAAGUUUCCACAAAAUUUAAUUUGGAGAAAACUGGUGUUUGGUCUACCUGGGGAUUGUUUUGUUUAAAAGCUGGAGACUGGUCUACAGCUAGAAUAAAAUUCCAGCAAUGCUUAAAAGUUUUAAAUGAUAAAAAUGAUCAAAACCAGGAAAAUUCAUUGCUGAACAAGAUACUGGCUGUUUUAGAAAAUUCUAAAUAUCCAGGAACUCAGAAAGCUGCUACAAUAUUCAAUUCGCUUUCAACACUGAAAAACAUAAAGAGUGGUUUAACUCAGUUCAAAAAUGAAAUUUCUCCUCUUGAUGAUCCUUUUAAAAAAGAAUGCCUUUUUUAUUUGGAUACUUAUGGAACCCACUUUUCCACUGUACGUUUUUAUCACAGACAAGGUUUAAUACAUGAAGCUUUGGAAUACAUUAUGGAAAAGAAAUGUGAUCCAGAUGUAUUCAUUGAAGCAUUAUUCAUGCCUGUAUUGAAGAAUGUCCAGUUAUCAUCACUCAAGCAUCAUUUAACAAAUGUAGACCAAUUGCUUUCAGUUUGGAGCCCUUAUCUUUUUGCCACUUGUCGUCAUCUGGAACGUUUGAAAUACUUAAAUGUUCUAUAUGAGGUCCAGCUUUUCAUGGGGGAUUAUAUACGUGCUGCAAAAAGUGCCAUAAAUUUUUAUCUUGCACCUGCUCCUUCCUACAGAAUUUUAUUUGAACGUUAUCGCCAUUUACGUAACGCAAAGAAACAUUAUGAAGAAUAUGUGAAGGAAAAUAAAGAUGAAAAUUCAGGAAAGGAAUAUAAAAAAAGGAAAAAUAUGAAAAUGCUUUCUGUUAAAGAAGUAGAAAGUUACAUCCAGGUUAUAACACUGCAAGAAGAAGUUUCUAGCUUCUUUCAGUUAUGUGCUGCUCAAAACAAUCAUGCUUUCCUUUAUGAAGCUGGGUUCGUGGAUGAUAAAAACAGUACAAAUUCUUACUGUCCUCCAACUUUUUUUGGUAAUGUUGAAAAAAAAACUGAAGUUGCACUGAUGGUGCUAUUAAAUGCUGUAAACACUGAUGAAGGAUUUGAUCUCACAAUCAAGAUUAUUCAGACUUUCAAUCUGGAUGCUACUGCUAUUUUAAGCAAAGCUGGCCGUGAAUUAAUUCGAAUCAAUCAGAAAAGACAGAUACCUCACUUUUUGGCUUGUGUAAAAUGUUUCUUUACCAAAAUUGUGAAAGUUGAUGAGGUAAUUUUAGAGUGUGUUGCUGAACUUAGCAAGCAGAAUGGAGAUGUAGAAGACAUAAUUAAAAUGCUUACUAAUGAAUCGAACAAGGUUCAUGCCUAUUUGAUGUGCGGGAAAUUAAAAUCUGCGUUCUUACUUGCUCGAAAACUGAAUAGUGCUCUUCAUGUUCGCCGUGUUAUGGUUGCUGCAGAACAAGGAGGUCAAGACUCAAUUCAAGGGUUUUGCAAACAAUGGUUAGAGACCAAUUCAUUAAAAAUGAAACCAAAGGAAUCUUCUCACCAGCAAUUUUAGUUUUCAUCACAUUGAAUAUUGUAUUACAUGUAUUCAUGUUGAACAAAGGUACACAUACCAUGAGGAUUUACAUAAGUAUUUAAAUUUUUAUUAUGAAAAGUGCCUUAAUGUAUUAGUACUGUGAAAUUUGCUGAUUUUUAAAAUAUUGCAACUCUAUCCACAUCUAUGUGAUAAACAUCUUUGUAUUAUGUGAUAAAUAUGAAGAAUUCAUUGUGUAUAAUUUGUUUUAAAUAUAAUUUUAUAUAUAAAAAAUAAUGCUUUAUACUUUAACAACUGAAACUGAAGAUCUGAAAUCAUCCUGUGGUUUCUUGUGAUGUAAUUAAUUAACUGUGUGUAAUCAAAUAAAUAUAUUUUUAUUGGACACUAAA